CCUCGCUUGGCUUCUCACGGCCCUUCUUAUUCUACCAGGGAGAGAGAGAGAGAGAGAGAGAGAGAGAUGGCGUGCAUGCAUGAUCACAGUUGUGAAGAUCACGAUUGCUCCUCUGAUUGGUCCCUCUACAAACACAUUGAUCUUCCCAAGGUAUCUGCUUUAAAUGAGGCCAUUCCGGGAAGUGUCAAGUCAGUUUUCAAAGCUUGGGAGGAGCGUCUUCUUUCUUCUGGGGACAACUUGGAAAGCAAUGAGGGGGAUCCUGAAUUACUUGUUUAUAUUCCAUUCACCUCAGAUGUUAAGAUCAAGGGCAUAUCAAUUAUUGGAGGUGCUAACGGAACAAGUCCUUCCAAGAUGAGAGCAUUCAUCAACCGGGAGGGCAUUGACUUCUCUGAUGCUCAAAGCAUGCAGGCUGUCCAGGAGUGGGAUUUGGUUGAAAAUUUUCAAGGAGUAUUGGAAUACCAGACAAGAUAUUCAAAGUUUCAGAGUGUUGCAAAUAUCACACUGCACUUUCCUGAGAGUUUUGGUGGUGAUACUACUCAGAUACAGUACAUUGGAUUUAAAGGUGAAGCUACCAAGUUGAAACGGGAUGUUGUCGCAACAAUUGUUUAUGAGAUCACACCGAAUCCUUCUGACCAUAAGUAAGUCUUACUUUCUCCCAUGCAUUAUUUAGACGAAUAGAUUUCUUUUAAAGCAGUGUUGAUUCCUCCUGUUUGCUUAAUAUCCAAUUCGUUUCACUUU